CUCGAGGUGUUUAUUGUUAUGUAGCAGACCGGUUGGACUGAAAGCCCGUUUGCGGUUGUUUUCAGUUAUGUAGCUAAUACGAGUUGUUUUAAUGGACUUCUCGGUUCGGACGGGGUUUAAAAAUGGUCAGGCGGAGAGGAAAAGGAGUGGAUACCGGCGCGGAAGGGAGCUGAGGGGAUUAUGCGGAGAGCGGUUUACCGGAGUGUUAUAUAAAAACUGAGGCGCUGAUGAGAGACUGACUGCGACUGUUUCAUGUUUCAGCGUUCAUACAGAGUCGUUUUCUUGCUCUACCGCCUUUUAAUUCCGUCCUGUCGAGCUGGAGACUUUUUUAUUUUAUUUUAUUUAAAAAAAAAUUAUUUCUCGUUUAACUUUUUAACGGUUCCACAAGUGUCGCUCAGCAUAGCGCGCGCGCGCACGCAGAGAUAGAGAGGCGAUUCGAGAGCGAGCAAGCAAGUGAGCACGUGCGCUUUGUGUCAUGACCUCAUACUAACCCUUGACGUCACGGCCUGGUCAUUUCCGGCGCUCGUGCAGCAUGUGAAGGGAGCGCUUUGCUCUGUUUGUUUAUUUCCGGAUAGAGAAGAGCUGAAGACGAUGGACGCCGGGAUCCAGAGUUCUUCCGAGCAUUUCGUGCAUGAGCCGAGUGGCGUGUGUCCGGAAAUGCUGGAAGUCGCAGAAGAAGCGUGCCGGGCCGGGGAUUACGAGCUGGCUAUUGAGAUCUAUUCGUCUCAGCUGUCCGAGCUCCACCAGCCCGACCGCGGGCUGUGCCUGCGCAAAGCGGACGCGUUAGCCCGUGCCGGCCGGAUCGCCGAGGCUCUGGACUCGUACUGUAUCGCCGCGGAUCUGCACCGACUCCGACCCGACGAGCUGCGACUGUUAGUGGAAGCGAUCGCGCGCGCGAUCCGCGUGAAGGAGCUGCAGGCGAGCGCGAGCGCGGCCACCUGUUCCGAUCCGGACGAGCUCGAGGAGGCGGAGCGCGCGCCCGACUUAUUCUCGUGCCGCCUCUGUAAGCACGUGCUCUCCGAGCCCACCACGCUCGUGUGCGGCCACACGUUCUGCAAACGCUGCCUCGAGGACGCCGUGACCGACGAGUGCAAGUCGUGCACGAUCAAAUCGCCGUGGUGCACGAGCGGCCUCCGGGCCAACGUGGUUCUCAGCGGCCUGCUCGACAAGUGGUUCGAGGCGGAAAGUAAAUCCCGGAGGUUCUGGCUCGAAGGGGAGAGCCUGUGGAAGAAACAGGAGCUGCAGGCCGCCCUGGAGAAGUAUAACCAGGCUGUAGAACUAGAGUCCUCUCUUGCUAGUUUGCUAGCACAGCGAGCUGAGCUGCACAUGGACAUGAAGAACUUUAACCAAGCGAUCCACGAUGGGGACAGCGUGUGCCGCCUCCUACCAGCUUCACCAAAGGCCCACUACAUUAGGGCCAAGGCGCUUUGCUGUGCUGGCCGCAGAGAAGAGGCAUUGCAGGAGUAUUUUAUUUGUGUAGCACUCAAGCCAGACUGGACAUCUGUAAAAUCCGAGGCACAGAAGAUCCUGAGCGAGAUGUUUUCAUCCAUUUUUCAGAACGACAGUCUGGUCACAAGUCUCCAUCCGCUUCAAACCACAGGCUCAUCCCCUCGCAUCAAACCUUCAUCACUCCUCAGCUCUCUUCAUUUUCCUCUGCCGAGGGACGGAGCCAGAGCUGGCUGCUCCAAAGACCCUGCGCUCAGUAGUAAAGCUUGUGAUACUUCGAGUUCCUCAUCCUUAAAUCAGCAUGAGAGCAGCAUCGAAGAAUCCAAAAGCCUGGCAGCGGUGCUUUCUUCCCUUCCUGUAGCUCCUGGUGUUAAGAGGAAGCGCUUGGCUGAUGCCAGUGCCUUAGUGUCUCCUAGCAAGAUUCGCAAAACAGAUCCAUCCAGUUCUUCACCGAUGACUCCUGUCCAGUGCAGGACAAGGAAAGUACCAUCUCAUCUCUUGGACAGUGCAGACAUGGAGUGUUCCCUGUGCAUGAGGUUGUUCUACGAGCCUGUAACCACUCCCUGCGGACACACCUUCUGUCUCAAGUGUCUGGAACGCUGCCUGGAUCACAACCCAAACUGUCCUCUAUGCAAAGAGAAUCUUUCAGAGUAUCUGGCCAGAAGAGGGUACAAAAAGACCUUCCUGAUGGAGGAGGUACUUCAGCGCUACCUGCGUGAGGAACUGGAAGAGAGGAGGAAAGUGCACGAAGAAGAAAUGAAAGAACUGUCAAAUUUGAACCAGGAAGUUCCUAUCUUCGUCUGCACCAUGGCGUUUCCCACAAUCCCCUGCCCGCUGCACGUAUUCGAGCCACGCUACAGGCUGAUGAUUCGCAGGGCCAUAGAGACAGGAACCAAGCAGUUUGGCAUGUGCAUUUCAGACGAACUGAAAGGGUUUGCCGAUUAUGGUUGCAUGCUCGAGGUGAGAGAUGUGAAGUUCUUCCCUGACGGUCGCUCAGUGGUCGAUACGAUCGGCAUGUCUCGCUUCAAAGUGCUCAGCCAUGGCCAGAGAGACGGCUACAACACGGCCAAGAUCGAAUAUUUGGAGGAUAAGAAGGUGGAAGGAGAGGAAUUAACCGAGCUCCUGAAGCUGCAUGACUCCGUGUACGAUCAGGCCACAGCCUGGUUCACGUCUCUCAAAGAGAAUAUGAAAAGCCAGAUCCUGAGCCACUUCGGUCACCUGCCUGCCAAAGAUCCCGACCCGCAGGGCAACCCCAGUGGGCCGGCGUGGUGCUGGUGGCUGCUGGCUGUACUGCCUCUAGAGAAUAAAGCUCAGCUCACCAUCCUUGCCAUGACCUCGCUGAAAGACCGACUCAUCGCCAUCCGCCGAGUGCUCAUCUUCGUCACCAGGAAGCGUCCUCGAUGACCUCCGCCUUCCUCGAUCGUCACCGUCGUCAUCACUGUCACUUCAGGAGCCACAGAAAUAGGUAGCGGGCCACUGAAGCAACCCAUCGAGUCUCAUCCUCCACAACCACUCGCUGGAUGAUAAACUGACAUGCGUGUGUUUUCUCUUCAGCGAAACAAACUAAGGCUGAACAACUGACUGUAGCUAAAGAUGUAGUCAAACCUGAAAGAGGAAGCCCUGUGCUGAUAACCGAAUGCUGUGAACACGCCACUCAUGCUUUGUGCCUCGUACGUGUGUAAGGCUGACCAAAUGCAUCUCAUGGGCUUCCGCUAUGUUUACUUGUGGUUCGCACAUCAUGUACUAGUUAAGCAUAUACACAAUUCUUUAUUACCUCUUAAAAAAAGAAAAAAACAGCUGGUCUUGCACACCUGACGUUGCACAGUCUUCAUUAUAUUUACCGUUGAACAGGACGUGCGUUUUAGAGGGAGAAAACAGCAAAAGACGAUCCCGGUCCUUUUUGAAGUUUUAUUCAAGCUUUGCUUGACGCCAAUUUGGGAAGGUAGAAAUGUGGAAUGGAUCUGAAAAGGGAAAAUGUCAAUCCUGUGUUAAAAUGAUGGCUAGCGUUGUCAACUCUGGCUGGUAGCGUUCACUGGUAACGGGUAAUUGGCGUACAGAACAGACGUGGUGAUGGCAUGAGCAGAGCCUCAGUUGACUGAAGAAAUAAUGAUGAGGCUUGGAUUAAAAUGCCAGGAGUGACUUUUUCCUCCGGUAACGAGACAGAAAACGAUGUCGAGGAUUCUGAGAAUCAACGUGAUCGUUUUUUCCUGUUGUAUAAUUGCGGACCGUAGAUUUCCUGAAGCAGGUAAACGCAAAGGUAGGCAGGGCGUCUUUGACUGGAAUUGGUCGGAAUUGAAUCUGUUGAAUCUGAUUUUCUUUCAUAUUUCAGUUCAGGAACACGUGUAGUUUUAAAGGUGGGGUAUCAGAUUUUUUUCAGGAGGAUUUUUUACCACAUUGCUUGAAAAGCUCCUCACACCCAUGUUGCAAGCAGUACAAUAGAAGGUUUGACCCAAAAACGAAAUAUUUUAAUCCAGUCUACAGUGUAAAAUAAAGGAAAAACGCCAUCCAAUCAUAUCGAGGUACCACCUCAAAAUGAUUGGAUACAGACACGUCAAUCAGACUGAAGCCCGCGAGCAGCCCGGCCCUUCUGUAUGUAUGUGUGUGUGUGAGAGAGAGAGAGAGAGAGCGCCAGCAGGGAGAGACAGAAAUGCAUAGAAAAAGGUUCCUCCAAACAACGGGGAUUUACACGAAAACGGAAGGAGAUAUUCACAAAAUUCUUUCACAGUGAGCGCCACAAGGCUCCCCUGAACACACUGAUGUAAUUUUUUUGUCUGUAGUGUAAAAAAUGAGGUCACUAGAGCGAGUUAAAAACGAGUGACUUUUCUGCCAAGUUUAUAAUGGCAGUCUAUGGGGCUGCGCGGCUGUCCUCUCCUCACUUUCAGGCUUCUCAUUCAAAAACUGCAAGUCCUAUCGUGUAGGUAGACACAUUGUGUGAAUCAGGACAAGUGUGGCUACUACUUUUGAGAAAAUUGUGUGUGUGGAGUGAAAAUUGGGGCUGAAAACACAGUUUAAAUGAGAAAGUUUGAGCUAUUUUUCCAAGCUCUCUACACUAACUUAACGAGACGCGGGGGGGAGCAUGGCGAGGGCGGGCUUGUUUCUUUUCAAAAUAUGGCUUGCGGGAACCGUUAUUCCAAAAUCUCAUACCCCACCUUUAAGGACGUGUGAAUUUGGAUUUCCCAAGCGGCCCUUUUUUUUUUAUAAACAUUGGUCAACGAAAUCUCUAAAAUUCCUGCUAUUCACUGGGUAACUCUGAGCAGUGGACUGAAACUGAAUUGAUUCAAUGUGCUUGGUUACUUAGAAAGGAGUGCAGUCACUUUAUUCAGAUUUUGUUUUUGUUUUUUUUAAACAUUCUAUUUAUUCAAAUGGCCUUGUUUCUGUUUGUUCUUGCUUUGGAUGUACUUUAGGCCAAUUAAGUUGAUACAAACUGAAAAAAAAAAAGGAUUUUCCCCAGAAUUACCUUUGCACUCGUACAGGUUUGGAAAAAUAAAUGAGAAAAUGAAUAUGCUGUUACUGAAGACACUGGUGCGGUGGCAGUUUGAGUUGUGUUUUUAAUUAGAUUAUACUGAUAACGCUGAUGACUCCAAGUCAACUUCACAGCACAAAAUGAAGCGCAAGUAUAUGUCAUCUCUCUCGGCAAAAUUCCCCGGAACGUUUUCUUAAUACACAACGUAUAUGCACUGCAAUGGAGUCAUCUUUAUUUGCAUUUGGUAAUUUGCGGACAAGUCCUACACUACAGAUUCGACAGCAGAACCUGUAAGGCAAUUGCCAGCCUUGUUUUAAGAGUCAUGAUUCUGUGAUGGAGAUGAAAUGAAGAUAACCACACAGCAUUGCACAGCACGAUAUCUAUCCUGUUAGGCAGCAAGUUAUUGCAGCCCUUAUCGUUCAUUAUAAAGGUUAAACAGAGUGGACAGAGUUUCGUUUCAGCUUGCAAAAGAUUUUAACCAUUUCUUCAUUUUGGAUGGCUUCAACUUCAAUUGAUCCCUGAUCCAAAAAAUAUAUAUUGAGUUUUUAAUAACCAUUGGAUACUCUAUGCACCUUUACCUGAUUUUAUUUUUUUUCUGCGCAGUGAGCCGUUUGAGAAACUUUACCUGUUGAAAAAGGCUUGUGAUCAUCUGUGUCUGGAUAAAUCAGAAGCUUUGGAAUGACUUUUUUUUCUCCAUUUUCCACUGUGACCGAUUCUUCCUUUUCCUGAUGUGCAAGACUCUUUACGUAGCUCCUCUUUUCUCAUGUAGCAUCUCCUCCUGGUUACUGCACAAAUGCUGCAUUUUUAUGUCGAUUUGUACAUUCAGAUGAAAUUAAACUUAUUUUAUAUUUUACAUCAAAA